AUGUUCCACAUACGACGCCAGUCGUCAGCCGUUGCCGGGCCAAGCGAGGCAUACCGCUCCCUUCGACCCCGAGCGACUCCCCCACCCUCCCCCCACCUUCGAUACCUACAUACCUCCUCUGCCACGUCAUACCGGCACCUCGCCCCUACCGACCCUCCUUCCUCCCCUCCCUCUCGCUCUCCCUCUUCUUCCUCUUCCUCGCCGUCCCUACCCUCCCGCCCCACCCCACCCCUAACAGUCUCCCCCGUCAACCCCGACGCCCCCUCCGCACCCACCUCGGACCGCUCCCAAUCCGCCGCCGACUGGCGCAUCAUCCGCCGACUAGCCAUCAAUAUCUGGCCCCGCGACUCCCUCGGCACAAGGGUGCGCGUCCUCGCGGCCCUGGGGCUGCUCGUUGGGGGUAAACUCCUCAAUGUGCAGGUGCCGUUCUUUUUCAAGGAUAUUGUGGACAGUCUGAAUGUGGAGAUUACGGCGAAUACGGGGGUGUGGGUGCUGGCGGGGGCGAGUGUGGCUGGAUACGGAGCAGCUCGAAUCCUGACGACCUUAUUCGGUGAACUCCGUAAUGCCCUCUUUGCAUCCAUAAGCCAAUCGGCGAUCCGUAAAGUCGCCAGGGAGACGUUCGAGCAUCUCUUGAAUAUGGACAUGAAGUUUCAUCUGGAGCGGCAGACUGGUGGUCUGACGAGGGCAAUCGAUAGGGGAACAAAGGGAAUCUCGUUCAUCCUGUCGAGUAUCGUCUUUCAUGUUAUCCCGACUGCGCUGGAAAUCACGAUGGUGUGCGGUAUCCUCUCGUGGAAGUUUGGCUGGGACUUUGCGGGGAUCACCGUCCUCACUAUGGCGCUGUACACUUGGUAUACCGUCCGGACGACCGCAUGGAGGACGCAAUUCCGUAAAGAAGCCAAUGCGGCGGAUAACAAAGGCGCAACAGUAGCUGUGGACUCGUUGAUCAACUAUGAGGCUGUCAAGGCAUUCAAUAACGAGCCGUUCGAGACGAAGCAAUACGACAAGACGCUGGCGACGUACGAAAAAGCAUCGGUCAAGAUUGCUACCUCGCUCGCGACGCUCAAUUCAGGGCAGAACUUUAUCUUUAGUUCGGCGUUGACGUGUAUGAUGCUCCUCGCGGCGCAGGGUGUUGUCAAGGGCACAAUGACGGUCGGCGAUCUCGUCAUGGUCAAUCAACUGGUCUUUCAGCUAUCCCUCCCCCUGAACUUUCUCGGCACAGUCUACCGAGAACUCCGUCAGAGUUUGAUCGACAUGGAAGUCAUGUUCAACCUCCAAUCUGUUGAUGCAGCUAUCAAAGACACCCCCACCUCCCGUCCGCUCUCACUCAAAGGCGGACAGAUCGAGUUCCGUAACGUCUCCUUCGGCUACCACCCCGACCGGCCCAUCUUCCGCAACCUCAACAUGACCAUCCCGGCCGGCUCCAAAGUCGCCAUCGUCGGUCCAUCCGGGUGCGGCAAAUCGACCGUCUUCCGUCUAUUAUUCCGAUUCUACGAUUCCCAAUCCGGCCAGAUCCUCAUCGACAACCAAGACAUCAAAUCGCUCACCCUCUCGUCUUUACGCAAAGCGAUCGGCGUCGUCCCGCAAGACACUCCCCUGUUUCACGCGGACAUACUCCAUAAUAUCCGGUAUGGCCGGCUGGACGCGACCGACGAGGAGGUGUAUGCGGCCGCGGCGAAAGCCAAAGUGGCGGAUACGAUCGAGAGGUUGCCGGAUAAGUAUGCGACGAAAGUGGGGGAGAGGGGAUUGAUGAUUUCCGGCGGAGAGAAGCAGAGGUUGGCAGUUGCGAGAUUAUUGCUCAAAGAUCCGCCGAUCUUGUUUUUCGACGAGGCGACGAGCGCGCUCGAUGUGUAUACCGAGACGGAGUUGAUGAGGAAUAUUAAUGAGGCUUUGGUCGGUGGUGGAAAGACGAGUGUCUUCAUUGCGCACAGAUUACGAACCAUCUCGGAUGCGGAUCUGAUUAUCGUGUUGCAGGAGGGACAAGUCGCGGAGCAGGGAAGCCACGAGGAGCUGUUGAAGAUUGAAGGAGGGGUGUAUCAGCGUUUAUGGACGGCGCAGUUGAGCGAGAAUACGAGUUCUUUGACGCCGGCGGGGGCUGGGACAGAGGCGGAGAAGGAAGAGAUCUUGGUAGAGAGUCAGAAGAAGUAG